UUACCUGCUCUGCGGGAUGGGCCGCCGACGAAACGAGAAGAAUUGUUCGUUGCGAAGCUCAAGCUUUGUUCCGUUAUCUUUUCGUUUGACGACCCCACGGCUGACAAGCGAGGCAAGGACAUGAAGCGUCAAACUCUCCUUGAACUCGUAGACUUUGUCAAUACUCCGGCUGGUCAAAAGGUCUUUACCGAAUCCGUCAUGGGCGAUCUCAUGGCCAUGGUCUCCGCUAACGUCUGCCGGGCGCUACCGCCUGCCACGGACGACUUUGACCCCGAAGAAGAUGAACCUGUCCUGGAACCCGCUUGGCCUCAUCUGCAAGUCGCGUACGAAUUCUUCUUACGCUUCAUUGUAAGUUCCGAAGUUAACGCAAAGGCGGCUAAAAAGUACGUGGACCAAAAGUUUUGCCUGCAGCUCGUUGAACUCUUUGACAGCGAGGAUCCACGGGAACGCGAUUACCUCAAAACCAUAUUGCACCGGAUCUACGGCAAGUUUAUGUCGCACCGCUCAUUCAUUCGACGGGCCAUUUCGAACGUCUUUUAUCGUUUUGUGUACGAAACGGAACGCCACAACGGAAUCGGGGAGCUCUUGGAAAUUCUUGGAUCCAUUAUCAAUGGCUUCGCUAUUCCGCUCAAAAAGGAGCAUUUGCAGUUCUUGGCCCGGGCACUGAUUCCUUUGCACAAGCCCAAAUGUGUCGCAUUGUACCACCAGCAACUUUCGUACUGUAUUAUUCAAUACGUGGAAAAGGAUGCUGACACGGCUACGCCCAUCCUGAAUGGCUUUUUCAAGUGCUGGCCGUGGAGCAAUUCGGGAAAGCAAGUCAUGUUCCUGAACGAACUCGAAGAAAUUUUGGAGUUGCUCGGUGCCGAUCAACUCGCCCAGGUGUCAACUAUGCUUUUUACAAAUUUGGCUCGUUGUCUCGAUUCCGAUCACUUUCAGGUCGUCGAACGGGCUUUGUUUUUAUGGAACAAUGAACAUUUGGUGAAUUCAGGUUGCCUGUCCCGAUUGAAUGCUCAAACAGUCCUGCCGAUUAUCUAUGGCCCUCUCUACAAGAAUUCGUCGGGACAUUGGAAUGCGACGGUGGAAGGAUUGGCCCAAAAUGUCUUGAAAAUGUACAUGGAGUAUGACCUGGCUUUGUAUGACCGGUGCACGGCAGCCUACUUUCGCGAAGAAGAAGAGGCUAAAAAGAAACUGGAAGCGCUGCAGGACAAAUGGGCCUUGAUCGAAAAGGAGGCCAACAGCAUCGCACCCGCGCUUCUAUUGGCCAAGUGA